UUGUCGGUCAAGUGGGCCUGGGCGGCUUCUCUGCGGAAGGGAGCGGGAGGCGCGAAGCCUCCACGCCAAGACCUGCUCCUCCUUCCUUCCCUCCCUCCCUCUCUGUCUGUCUGUCGUCGGGGCGAGUGGGUGGGCCAUGUCCACGGGCUCCUUGAGCGACGCCGAGGAGAUGCCGGAGAUGGAGCUGCGAGGGAUGCAGCUGGGCUUCCCGGGGCUCCCCCGCCCCAAGAGGCGUCCCCGCGGCCAUUCCUCCGCUGCCGAGGAAGAAGAAGAAGAAGAGGAGGAGGAGGAAGACGAGGAUGAAGAGGAGGCAGUGGUGGUGGCCGGCAAGAAGAAGCGAGCCAAGGGAGCGGGGCUGGGAGGAGGAGGAGGAGGAGGGAAAAGGCAGCUUCCUCCGCUGUCGUCGAGGGGCAGCAGCGGCGGGAGCAGCGCGUCGGCGGAGUGCAAGCAGUCUCAGCGCAACGCGGCCAACGCGCGGGAGCGGGCGCGGAUGCGGGUGCUGAGCAAGGCCUUCUCGCGCCUCAAGACCAGCCUGCCCUGGGUGCCGCCGGACACCAAGCUCUCCAAGCUCGACACCCUGCGCCUGGCCUCCAGCUACAUCGCCCACCUCCGACAGCUGCUCCAGGAGGACCGCUACGACAAGGCCGGAUACGUCCACCCCGUCAGCCUGACCUGGCCAUUUAUGGUUUCUGGAAGACCAGAAUCGGACGCCAAAGAGGUUUCAGCAGCCAACAGAUUAUGUGGAACUACAGCUUAGUUCCAGUGAGCAGUGCUCUUGCUGGAUAUGACUACAAAACCCACUGACUUCUGUGGACUGAAAGAAACUGAAACAAAGGAGCCAACUCUUCUUGUUAACUUACAAUGAAAAAUACACCCAAAACAGAUAACAGAGGAGGAAAUAAGAGUUCACUGAACAUCCUGCUUCAGCUAAAGUGGUGGGUUUGGAAUGAUCUUUCUCAGCAUUAUUAUCUGAAGAAAAACUUUAAGGCAUUUUGACUAACAGAAGAUAUAGAGGAGGAUAACUUUGAUAGAAUUAACAGCAUGGACCAAAUUAUAGAUUGUAUGAGAUAAUCCCAAACAGUGUUAUUUGUAUACCAGAGGAAAGCGGUAUUCUAGAUUAGUGUUCAGACUCAAAUUUUAUAAUAUAUUUGACCUUAUAUUCUUGGCAGCUAUGCAAUAAUAAGACUACUUCUGUCAUUCUAGCCAACUUUUAAAAACUGAAGAUGACAAGAUGCUUUUUAAAGAUUUAAAUGGAUUAAAUUAAAUUACUUGGAUUUAACAUAGGCAUUUUUUUUAUCAAUGGUGGUACUAAAUUUGCUUAGAAGAAAAAAAAAAUGUCAGAAGCCCUUGAGUGGGUUAUGGAUCAGUGAUAGAAAAAAAAAUCACUUUUUGGACUAAGACAGUGCAUCAUAUUUUUGUAUCGAAGAUAAUGCUACAGAAUACUGUCAUUUGAAGAAUUGCAUUCUGUGAAAAAUGUAAUGAUGACUUAACUUGAAGCAGGAAGCUUGUUUACUUAAGACCAGGGUUGAUAUGUUUGAUUAAAAAUGGCCUGAGACCAAAUGCAACCCAAAUGUAUUUCUCCCAUGUCUUUUAGCUCUAUGGAGUAGUAACCGUUAUAUUGUUCCGAUUGUGAAUGGUGUUACAAUCAAUAUUUCAAAUGUAAAUAAUUUUUAUUUUUAUACAUGGCAUUAAAAGCUUUACUUACAA